CACACACACACAAUAGCUCAAAACUGGGUGUGUUUUUUAAAAAAAAAGAAAAAAAAGGAGAAAUAUCACACAUUGUUCCAGCUGACCAGACCGGUGCAGGUCCAGUCAACUCCAGCAGGAGAGGAGAAACCCUUUGCUGAACGGCUGUGAAAGUGAACCUUUGACAGCUGUGACUGGCAGUAGGGAGGUGCUGAGCGCCGGGGAAGGCCGUGCAGCGAGGAGCUGUAGGCGUGAUGCUCAGUGGGUGGCAGCUGCGAAGAAAGUGAAGAAACGUUGUAGAAGCAUCCAGAGAGUCGUCACAUCACGGAUGGCGGAGUCACAGCAGCGUUCUGAAAGAGGCCUGAACACACAUCCUGAAAAGGUCACAACUGCACCCAGAUGAACAGGGACGAUGAAGGGACUGGAGGACGAGCCCACACACAGUGGGAGCAGGACAAGCUCACAUAACAAGAUAACCAAUGGGGACUCAUCGAAACAGAAAAGUCCCAUGAGUCUCCUGCAUGGUCUGCGCCUGUGUCAGGAAGCCUGGGACCCGGGAAGCCCUUGGGACAAGCAUGGAGCUCACGCCGCGCUCUGGGGCAGACCUGCAGGGAGUUUCCUGGUGGUCCCUGACUCCUCUUCCCAAAACAAAGUUCUAUGCAUGUCCGUGGGGGGGCAAGGAGACCCCGUUCGAGACUUCCCCAUCCUUCACACAGGCUCAGCUCUGCACUUAGCUACGUCUCACCUGGCCUUCUCUGACCUGCUGCAGUUGGUGGUCUUCUACACGUUGAGCAGGGACGUGUUGCCUCUGUGUUUGUCGGUCCCUAUAUGGGUGCGCAACGUGGCGGAACAACCGGGCCAUCACGUUUCACAGCUGGGUCCAAAGGCCUGGCUUUGUCCCUCAUCAGACCUCCAGCCUGACACAAUGAGUCCAGGAACGUCGGACACUCAGGAAACUGUAAUGUGCAGCAUACAGCUGACAACAGCAAAUGGGGCUCUGUGCAUCAUCAACCCCCUGUAUCUCCAAGAGCACGGGGAUGACUGGCUCACCAACCCAUCAGGUGGCCAAAGGCUCGUUAAUCGCCCAAUCAACAGGCGAGACAGGCGGCUGAGCACGGCAAGACACUGGGAAGGGGGGGGGAUUAAGAAGAGAAGCCUCUCAGUCGACGAGUCCUCAGCCAGUGUCGACAGCUCAGCAGGGUCUCCAGUUAAGACCCCCGUCUCUCCAGUGACCUCAGGGGGCGUGGUUUUGCGCAGGUCGAGCUCUUCCAGUAACCCGGAUCCUCAGAGGAGAGUGAGCACGGACUCUUUGAGCAGUCAGCCCCCUCAGUCCCCCCACCGCGUGUCCUGGGUGGAGGACAAGUUCUGGUUGAACCCCCCACCUCCCCCCACCUUACUCCACCCCCCAUGCCUGGAGCUGGACUCCCUGUCCGUCAGCAGCAUGGAGGAGGAGCCUGAGACCGAGAACACUUCGAGCUCCUCCCAGUCACAUGCUUCGUCCCGCCUCCAACUGGCAGACAAGGUGAAGAACCGCCUCUCAGCAGUGGGCCUGGCUCUGGGGGGGCUCGUGUCUCCGCAGCGGCGGCUGUACAAGCGUGUGCAGGAGAUGAGCGAGCGCAAAGACGGACCCUUCGCUGAGGCUGUGAGGGUCUUCAUUGAGCAGACGCUGAAGGGCGGGAUGAUUUACGGUGUGAGCAGCACAGAGAUGCUGCAGGAAGUGCGCUCUUCGCUCACAGCCCUGAAGGAGGCGCUCUACGACUACGCCGAAAUCCAGAGCAUCAUAGACUGCCUGGGGGACACGCCCGAUUUUGAAAUAGAUGCCAUGUUAGAGAACGCUCUGCAUAAAGUGGCCCUAAAGCCAGUGUGCUCCCAUCUGUAUGUGUGCAUAAAGUCGGCACGGCAGGACGACGGCAGUCUGCAGCGCCUGCAGGGGAACCAGCGUACUCUGUCCAGCCGCAGCCUGGAGGAGCUGGAGGGCACGGCAGGGGCCGGGGUGCCGGACACCGUCAUGCUGGAGAAGAUCCAGCAGCGCUGGGCCACAAUGCACCAGGACUACUCACCCACAAAGAAGGUGAACACUCUGCUCAAAGUCUGCAAGAACAUCUACCACAGCAUGAGCGCCAACGCCAAGCAUGGUGUGGUUUUCGGGGCUGAUGAUUUCCUGCCAUGUCUGACCUGGGUGCUGCUGCGCAGUGAUGUUGUCACUCUGCAGAUCGACACGGACUACAUGAUGGAGCUGCUGGACCCUUCUCAACUACAGGGGGAGGGUGGAUACUACCUGACGUCCCUCUACGCUGCUCUGUACUACAUCAGCAGUUUCCAGCCUCGGCUGGCGGCGCGCCAACUCAGCGCGGAGGCCCACAAGUCCCUCAGCCAGUGGCACCGCAGACGCACUCUCCACUGUAACCAGUCUCGGCGCAGCAGGAACCGCCGGACGUUCAGAAGAAGCGCUCGCGUGGAAGAGGCAGUGGAGGGCGCGAAGGACGCAGAAGCAAGCUCUUCCACAGAGAGAGAGGACUCAGGAGAUGGAGCUGAUAUUGAAUCAGCUCUGCCUAGUUACGUGACGGAGGCGCUGCAGAGACUGAGUGAGGAUUUGGAGAUCGUUGGAGAGGAAGACGAAGAUGAUUAGAUGCAGUUCUUGGAAGAUUAAAGGCUCAGUAACAGAGAACCCUGAUGUUGGGCAGCACACUGCAGGAAUACCUGCAGACAGGCCUCCAAAAACCACCUGCUACCAUGUCGGUGUCAAUGCUGUGCUGGGAACAGUUCACCACCCAAAUAAUAUCUGGUCUGUAGUGGUCCUGUGGUGGUCUCCUUGCACUGAUGAGGGUAGAGGGGGCUUAUAAACUGUACAGUAAAAGAUGAGCUACAGUCUGUAACAAAGUGGACAUGUGUGGUACGUGUUCAAGGGGCUGCAAUGAUCCCCACACGACCAAGACUAUAUUUAAAUAGUUUCUUUUUUUUGUUUGUUUGUUUUUCAUUGGCAGCGCAGCCUUGGUGACCAUGACGUUUGUGUGCCUCACUGCUGACUGUCACAUUGUACUCUUGAAUUAACCACUGAGGCCUUUUAUACCAGCCGUGCGGUAAACAGCAGUAGUAGUCAUGCGAACACCAAGUGCAGUUUUAAGCUGUGUUUUUGCUGCAUGACUCUAGAACAGAGGUAUUCAAACUUUUCCUCCUGAGGCUCAACUAAAACAGACUUGUGAAUUUACAAACUGCAGAGUAUGUAUAAAGAAAAUCAGGUCAAAUCAUCCCAUUUGUCCAGAAAUGUUAUUGUCUAUUAUUAACUGGCUAACAAAAGAAUAAAAAGCAGCGUAUCAUAAUAAGAGCUUCAUAUAAACAAUUUUAUGACAGAGUUUGCAAUUUUCUAUCUCAACUCUAGAAGCAUGUCUGCACCAAAAUUCCCAGUGUUUUCAACUCAUGACUGGUUUCACUGGUUUAUUCUCACAAGCAUGACAAACACCAGGACCCAAUUUAGGAUUACAAUUCGAAUUACAAAGACACGACGCAGUGAGGUUUGAAGAUAACAUCUGUUUCCUUUUCCCCCAAACUUUUAUUUUUAUAAUGUGAAUCUAUUCCUUUUUUAUCUAAUUAUUAAAACCAAUAUAUUUUACAAUUUGCAUAUUUUAUAAAACAAUUAAGAGUUAAAAGUUCUGAAAACAAAUUUUGAAUUAAAGAAAGGAAACGACGGGCCUUAUUCGCCACCUGUUCUUAAGAGAAAAUUUCUUCUUAAAACCCACUUAUGCAAUUUUGAUGAAGAUUCUGACUCACCAGUAAGAACAGAAUCUACACACACUCAAGAGCACAAAGGUGAGAACAGUUCUGCGCUUUAAGUACACGUCAUGACUCUGACGUAGACUAUUAUUAGGAUCUUUCUACCAAAUUUAAGAUCAAACUUGGGAAGAUAUUGGAGAAUAAGGCCCAAUGACAAUAUCAGUAAUAAGAAACAUGCAUCAUGGUAAUUUAAAAACGCUAAAACAGAAAAAUGAAUAAUUGAAUUUUUUGCUGUUCCACAUAGAGCUUGAACUGUAGGCUUAUUAUGAAUCAGUUUGGGGCUGUUUUGUGAAAAUGGCAUUACUUCUCGCUGAAAUAAUACAGGCCCUCACACCACAGCCCUAACUGAACCUAACAUAGAGUCCAGUGAAUGUAGCAACGUCGUAAUAAAUCAUUAACAGCGACUGAGUUACUGAGUCUCCUGUAAGCUUAAAGGGGAAUUCCACCAGUUUUUCAGGUUUCUUUACAGUGGUGGUGUUAGGAACCAGUGGUUGCCAUGAC